UGGCUAUCCAUUACACCUCGGCCUGGGAACAGGUACCGAAGAAGAAUGAUGAAAAAUGUUCCCCUUGUCAUCACCACCGCAAAAGCGUCGACGAAUUGAACAAUCUCAAUCCCACCCCCAUCAUCAUGCGGUCUCUCUAGAUUCUCAUCCCCAUCAUUCGCCGUCAUCCAUAUCCACAUCAACACCGACAGCAACGGCAAGCACUACCCUGCAGCCCGAAACCGGGACCGGAGCCGAGAAGGGCAAUCCCUCCCCCUCACACCAGCCACCGACUCAAGCAAGCAAUCAGAGCCACACCACCAACAACCCGGAAUGGCACCAUUCCGACUACACCACCUCCGCUCCACCAGCCCACGGUAACAGCCAGAGCUACGGCUCACCCGCGUCGAUUGGCGGAAGUCUCAGCGGAACAGGAGCAGGCGGCAGCAACGGAGCCUUCCACUCCCCCGCCGGCGGCUGGUCCCAGGAUGGAUUCUCGCAAGAUCCAGGAUUCCUGGCCUCGCAGGAAGAGCUACGAUGUAUUUUAUUUUCGCUAGCUCAUUCGGCGAUUCCGACGAGGGUCGGGAGUUUGAGUCCCGAUCAGCAGGACCAGUAUCAGGAUCCAAAUCGACUCGGAGAACCAAGUCGGGGUGAUGGAAAUGAUGCGAGCGAUAGAGGAGGAAUUCCAGGAUCGUCUUUACGCGCGCCGGUCUCGAGCGUGAAGAGAAUCGAGUACUUGAAGAAUUAUGUCGCGCAAGUGGCGCCUUGGCUUGACAUGUUCGACUCCCAACACACAUUCCAACAACAGAUGCCCGCAUUAGCAAGAACAUUCCCGGCGCUUUCAUACGCAAUCCUAGCCAUUUCUGCGCGCCAGAUGGAGCGCAAAAAAGGAAUUCAAGAUUUCUUCGACAGUCUGGAGCUCUACCAGGAAGCCAUCCGGCUCCUAAGCCCCGUGCUGCAGGUCCGCGAUCCGAAAAUUGUCGCAGCUUGUGUGCUUCUGUGCUGUUUGGAGAUGAUGUCGGCGCGGGCGCAGGACUGGAGGCGCCAUUUAGAAGGCUGUGCGGCGUUGUUCGAUGCGUUUGGGAUUCAUGGAUUCAGUAAGGGGCUUUUGCAGGCGAUAUUUUGGUGUUAUGCUAGGAUGGAUUUGUGUGGAGCCCUCAUCUCUGAUGGCACUCAAACGACACUUCUGCAUCCCUCCAAGUGGCUUCCUCCAGGAUACCACGAGAACGAUGCUUAUGGAUUGUUUAAAGAAGCCAAAAGCCCAGAUAUGCAUGCGAACUAUGCAGUGUAUCUGUGUAUGAGAGUGACCGAGCUCGUCUCUGAUCGGACAAAGUUCGUGGAGCUCGGAGAGGACAACGGUUGCACACCGGAAGUGUUCACCUCUAAAUGGCAUCAGCUUUGGGGUGAGCUACAAUGCUGGUUUUCCGAACGCCCCAGCGAGUUGGUUCCAGUGCAAACUGUCAGUCGGAAGCCUUUCCCACACAUAUUCUUCAUCCACUGGGCGGCAAUCUCGUCAAACCAGCUAUAUCACACUGCAUGCAUUUUGCUGCUCAAAAUGAUGCCUAAGGGCACCAAGCUCUCCCGAUCGCCCACCCUGUCACUCCUAUGGCAUGCACGUCGGAUCUGUGGCAUAUCCUUAGCGAACCCACACCAAGGCUGUCUCAAUAAUGCAAUCCAACCGCUUUGGAUUGCGGGGAGACUUUUCAGUCAUAUAACGGAGCACCAACAGAUCAUCCAGUUGAUCAGAGAUAUUGAAGCCGAAACGGGCUGGGGAACAUGUUGGCGUAUUCGGGAUUUGGAAGUCGCGUGGGGUUACGAUACUCGUCGAAGCACGAGAAGUGCCGUCACCAGAUCGCAUACCAUCGCUCUUGAGUCCCAUGGCUAAUCGCGAAUUGAUUUGACCCACUUACUCAGCACCCACCUUCGGAAAAUGACCAUUCUUCACAUAGCUGCAUCAGCUUUUCACCAACAUCCCACCCAGUUAGCAAUUUGAUACGGUCAAAUCCUUGCAAAAUCUCCUUCUGCUGAGACUCGUGAGUCAUUAGUCUAGCGGCGAUAAGAAACGACGCCAACAAGCAGGGAUCCCAGCAUUCCCGGCGAUCAUUGUUCAAUGCGACACCACAAAUUUGUUGAGCAUGCCACAGCGGAGACGAAAACCGAGAUGGAGAGUUGUGCAGCAUGACCGUCCGCGGUUUUGACUGGAGCAGUAAUAGCAUGGCUGUGUGGUACAACUGAUUGCUGAAUGCACCAGCCCCAUUUGCGAAUAGCAAAAGGGGGAAACCGCCGUCUGGAUAAAACAUUUGGUCAUCCCCCUCAACCUCUAUCAUUGGCUGGAAUUCGAGCGGGCGCAAAUGAUACC